AUGAAACAUUUUAUUGUUGUUUGUGUCAUCUUCUGGACAUGUACAUAUCAAGUCAUGUCCCGAACGUUGUCUGAGUCUUCUGUUGCUAAAACACACGAGCAAUGGAUGUCCAAACAUCAACGCUCCUAUACCGAUGAGGCAGAAAAGCAGAAACGCUUCAAAAUAUUUAUGGAGAACUUGGAAUACGUAGAGAAGUUCAACAAUGCUGAGAAUACGAGUUACAAGAUGGGUCUGAAUCAAUUUUCUGAUUUAACCGAACAAGAGUUUAUCGCUUCACAUACUGGAUUCAAGAUUUCAAGCCUACCAGUAUCAGAUUCAUCUUUAAAUACGAUACCAUUGAAUCUUACUGGUAUUCCAUCAAACUUUGACUGGAGAGACAAAGGAGUUGUCACUAAUGUUAAAAACCAAGGCGAAUGUGCAUGCUGUUGGGCUUUCUCAACUGUGGGAGCUAUAGAAGGCCUUGUUGGAAUCAAAACAAACAAAUUGAUUUCCUUGUCAGAGCAACAACUAUUGGACUGUGAUAGAACUAACAAUGGGUGUCAAGGAGGAUUCAUGGUUAGGGCCUUUAAAUAUAUCGUAGAUAACGGAGGAAUCGCCACUGAAAACAAUUACCCAUACCAAGGAUUUCAAGGAACUUGCCAGAGUGGAGGGAAACAACUCGCUGUUAAAAUAAGUGGUUUUGUAAAUGUACCUACAAAUAGUGAAGAGUAUUUACUACAAGCAGUGGUCCAACAACCAGUUUCAGUUGCGGUUUCUAUCAAUAAUAACUUUAGGUCAUACAGAGAAGGUGUAUUUGCUGGACCAUGUGGAACCGUUCUCAAUCAUGCAGUUACUCUAAUUGGUUAUGGGACGAACAAUGACGGCACUAAGUACUGGUUGAUCAAGAAUUCGUGGGGUGAGACUUGGGGAGAGAAAGGUUACAUGAGAUUGCAGAGGGAAAGUGGUGAAGUAGGAGGUGUUUGUGGCAUAGCCAAAGUUGCUUCUUAUCCAACUUUGUAACUGCAAAAGAAAUUCAUAGAAUCCAUACUUGUUUACUGUCAUAGUAGUAUACUAGUAUUACGGUGAAUUUAAG